UCCCCACGCCUUUAGCCGUCACCCUCCAUUUCUUGACUUGGCUUCUACCUUACCGAGAUAACCCCGACGGUUAACCCCAGAACCCCCCGAUUGCCCAGAUUUAGGACUCCUGUCUGGUCGUACGAUGCGCCGAUCUGGCCCAUUCCUCAGUGAGACGAUCAAGUAAUUUUGAUCCGUCGAAGUUUCCCAUUAUCCUGUCUAGGGGAAAUGGAAGUGAUCUCUUUGGCGUACUUAAUCGAACUUCCAAUUUGCCUAAGUAGGAUUGACAAGCUUUGUGGCUAUGGCUCUGUCACCGGUGUCCUGUCAGCAAUCGACCGGAGGAUUCGGAUGUGUACUUGUGAGGUAUCGGAUCGAAGACGGUCGUCAACUGAUCAAGACCGGGCCGAUUCAUCUCAUAAUCUACAUGCAGCUGCCGACUAGCACUACCAUCCAUGUACCAACCCUUCUACGCUACCGCUGCCUUAUACUUGGGAUAUUUGGUCUCGUUGGUGACAUUUUAAAUCCACCCAGGCGAGGCUGUGACGUUGUCCGUGCACUUCCCCUCCUCGGGUACUCCGCAUUCAAGCCUCCCGAGCAGGGAAAACCCCGGCGGGAUCCUGCAGAUCCCCUGAUGAACGUGUUCCUGAAUCGGUCGCCUCAGCCUUUGGUACGCUGCAAGAUCAUCGCAGGCUCGUACCUGACCCGUCGCGGUUCCGUGGUCAGCCCAAACUUUGAGUAUGGUCUAAAUUGGGCCGCAGGUUUUAUGGUCAACCAGCGGGAAGAGCCGACCGCUAGGUAUUCCUGCUUUCUUGAUCGAUCCAAAACAGGUCAUGCGGGCCGGAUAUCUUACCUCUGGGCACUUUCUUCCUUGGACAGCUCGGGAAAUUUUGCUCGCAUAAUUCUGAAAGAUAUCCGAGACAGCGGAUGCAGGCUGACGUAUGAGGUGUGAAUCGAAAUCUUGGCAAUAAUAGGUCUUUGUUGCAUGCAAAGACUGACCAAGUCUGUUGAUGGAUGGUGUCAGGCAAAAUAAUCCAAAACACGCCUGGUGAGGAUUUGAACCUUGACCUGCAAUGUACAGCUCGUGCGGUUGGUCUCAGCUGUCAUGCGACUAGGGGUACAGAGCAGAUGGCCAAUGAUCCCUGACAGUAUGCAGCCUUGUG